CUCAGCAUAACUGACUCCGCUCCUUGAUUUUAUGCCAAUCCUAAUCAAUUCAACCAAUCAAAAGAUGGAAAACUCUCCUCUUGUUCCAUGAAAAGAGGCGGGGUUAUUUUGGAGAAUUUGUGAGAAAAACACCCCAAAACUCUUCAUAAGGGACGGAAAUGAAAUAGGAAAGCUCGUAUUUGUCAUCGAAAUCGACAUAAGAGGGGGAAGAGCAUAGAGCCAAGGAGCCAGCCCAGCCUCUGACCGUCGUGGUGACAGCCACUUACUGAAGGACUAAACUUUUUAGGAGUCUCCUCAUCCGACCUUGCUGACUCGUUGGUUAUUGUUGGUUUGGAGGGAAUGCAUAUAUCCUCCGUUUGCUCUGUAACUGGUUUUGAGGACACAUUAAGGAAAGGAUCCAAACGAAUGGGAAUGCGGCAGCGCCAAACUCUCACAAUGCGGGCAGAGUGAAGGGGCAGAACACAAUACCAUUCCACGGGCUGUGGGGGUUACUCGCUACAAUCUUUCAGUGGGGUAUUCUUCCAGACGAAAUAUCAUAGUUACUCUUUUUUUUCCUGAUUACUUCUUUAACCCAGUAUUGCGAAGUCUAGUGUUUUUGAGUAGAAGAACCAGCCAUGACGUCUCCGGCCAAAUUCCGAAAGGACAAGGAGAUCGUAGCCGAAUAUGAAACUCAAGUUAAAGAGAUCCGUGCCCAGCUGGUGGAGCAGUUCAAGUGUCUGGACCAGCAGUGUGAGCUGAGAGUGCAGCUGCUGCAGGACCUGCAGGACUUCUUCAGGAAGAAGGCGGAGGUCGAGAUGGACUACAGUCGUAACCUGGAGAAACUGUCUGAGAGGUUCCUUACGAAGACACGUAGCACCAAGGACCACCAGCUCAAGAAGGAGCAGAGUGUACUGUCUCCAGUUAACUGUUGGAACCUGUUGUUGAGUCAGGUGAAGAGGGAGAGCCGAGACCACGCUACCCUGUCUGACCUCUACCUCAAUAACAUCAUACCGCGCUUCGCCCAGGUUAGCGAGGACUCCGGACGACUCUUCAAAAAGAGUAAAGAGGUUGGUGUCCAGCUUCAGGAGGAUCUGAUGAAGGUUCUGAACGAGCUCUACGCGGUGAUGAAGACAUACCACAUGUACAACACAGACAGUAUCAACUCUGAGAACAAACUGAAGGAUGCAGAGAAACAGGAGGAGAAGCAGAUGGGGCGCUCUGGUCGCCAGGACGACAGACAGACUCCCAGGUCACCUGACACACUGGCCAGCAUCAAGACGGAGGAGAAACAUGUCCGACGCUCCUCAGUCAAGAAGAUAGAGAAGAUGAAGGAGAAGCGGCAGGCUAAGUACACAGAGAACAAGCUGAAAGCAAUCAAGGCAAGGAAUGAAUACCUGCUGGCUCUGGAGGCUACAAACAGCUGUGUCUUCAAAUACUACAUCCACGACUUGUCUGAUAUCAUCGACUGCUGUGACCUGGGCUACCAUGCCAGUCUCCACCGUGCGUUGCGGACCUACCUGUCAGCCGAGAUGAACGUGGAGGCAUCUAAACACAGCGGUCUGGAGGGCCUGGAGGGGGCAGCAGAGAGCCUGGAGCCCAACGGGGACAAGCAGAGACUGAUGGAAACCUACAACAACGUCUUCUGUCCCCCCAUGCGCUUCGACUUCCAGUCACACAUGGGAGACACGAUGGGGUUAGUCUGUGCCCAGCAGCCGUUAGAAGGGGAGUUACUCCAGAGGUGUCAGCAGCUGCAGUCCCGUCUCUCCACCCUCAAGAUUGAGAAUGAGGAGGUGAAGAAGACUAUGGAGGCCACUCUGUCGACCAUCCAGGACAUGGUCACCGUGGAGGACUAUGAGGUCAGCGAGUGUUUCCACCACAGCAACUCCAUGGAGUCGGUCAAGUCCACCAUGAGCCAAUCAUUCCUCAGCAAACCCAGCCUGGCCAAGAGACGGGCCAAUCAACAGGAAACGGAGCAGUUCUACUUCACUAAAUUGAAGGAGUUUCUGGAGGGCCGGAACUUGAUCACCAAACUGGAGGCCAAACAUGACUUGAUCCAGAAGACCCUAGGAGAGAGUCAGAAGACUGACUGUUGCCUUGCCAGUGACAGGAGGAACUCUGCACUACGGAAUCAGCAGGCUGGCCAUGUCAUCCCUCUGAUGGUGGAGAGCUGUAUCCGCUUCAUCAGUCGCCAUGGUCUGCACCAUGAGGGCAUCUUCAGAGUAUCUGGUUCUCAGGUGGAGGUCAAUGACAUCAAGAACGCCUUUGAGAGAGGUGAGGACCCAUUGGCAGGAGAUCAGAAUGAUCAUGACAUGGACUCCAUCGCUGGUGUUCUCAAGCUCUACUUCAGAGGACUGGACCACGCCCUCUUCCCCAAGGAAGUCUUCCAUGACAUCAUAUCCUGUGUCUCAAUGGAGAACCUGCAGGAGAGGGCUGUCCACAUCAGGAAGGUUCUGCUGACUCUGCCCAGCAACACUCUCAUCAUCAUGAGAUACCUGUUCGCCUUCCUCAACCACCUGUCCCAGUACAGUGAGGACAACAUGAUGGAUCCCUAUAACCUGGCCAUCUGUUUUGGUCCCACUCUGAUGUCAGUCCCAGAGAGCUGUGACCAGGUGUCCUGCCAGGCCCACGUUAACGAGCUCAUCAAGACCAUCAUCAUCCUCCAUGACGGGGUUUUCCCCGGACCAGGGGACCUGCAGGGGCCCGUCUACACCUGCCCAGGGGCCACCGACGAGUACUGUGAGCCACCCCUAGUGGAAGAACCUGCUCCUGACACCAUCUCUGUCAUCCACAACAGCGAUGAUGGCUUGUUGGUCGUUUCAGAAUCUGACCCAAUAGUGGCCAUUGCUCGCUUCGACUACUCUGGACGGACCAACCGGGAGCUGUCGUUUAAUAAGGGCGCAUCUCUCCUCCUUUUCCAGCGAGUCAGUGAUGACUGGUGGGAGGGCCAACACAACGGAGUGGACGGACUAGUGCCUCACCAGUACAUAGUGGUUCAGGACAUGCAGGACGGGGGCAGAGGCAGUCCUAAGACUGAGGCGGAGUUGCAGGAGGAGAGAGUGUCCACUAGGGGCAUCGCUGCCUCUCCCACUGGAGCUCAUGUAGCUGACGUCUACCUGGCCAACCUCAACAAGAUGAGGAAGAAGCCGGAGUUAGGGAGUAUCCGUAGAACCUUCCGGGUGUCUGAGGGAGGACAGGGGGGUGACGUACCCCCAACGGGGGCGACUGGUGGGGGUGUGAGGACGGCCAGUCUGCCUGUGGGAGGGGCUCUGGUGAAAGAGGGCGGGGACAAACGACCAGUCAGCGCUCAUAGUGUCCUCAACUCCUCCAUUACACGCCACUCCUCUCUCAAGACCAAGGUGGAAAGCCCUCAGUUCCGCAAAGCGACCACAGCGGGGCGCUCUAAGAGCUUCAGCAACCACAGACCUCUGGACCCUGAGGUCAUCACUCAGCUGGAGCCCACCUCACAGGAUAUCGAGGCGGCUAUGAGCUCUGCUCUGAGAGAGCUGGAGAGGCAGAGCAGUGUCCAGCACACACACACCCCCGACGUGGUGCUGGACACUCUGGAGCAGCUGAAGGGUGUGUGUGGUGGGGGAGGAGGGGGCACAUCAGAGCCCUCCAGUCCCCUACACUCCCGUCUGCUGAGGGACAGUGACGGCGCAGGAUCUCCACACUCACACCCCCUCCAACGCAGCGCUUCGUCCGCUAGCGACGUCCCCUCCUCCUUCCGCCCUUCCUAUCCCAGGAGCCCCCUGCCCUCCUCUCUCGCCUCCUCAGCCCUCUCUUUCUCCACUCCCUCCUUCCGAGAGCCUCGUCCUCCAGCCACGCGGCCCAAGCCGGUGGUCUUCCCCAAGGGAGGAGGAAGCAGCAGUCCGGCUAUGGGGUCCGCAACCUCCACUGUUCCCCCUCCUCCCCCACCCCCACCCCAGCCCAACGACAAGUCCUGCCCCGCCUGAGGAGUGACAUCACACAUGCUCCCCUUCCAUACACAAACCACUGCCCCAUCUCCCCUCACCCAAUGACAAGUGGAAUAGCUCUCACCUAGGAUCAGCUUACCCUCCCAAACUAAGCAUUAUGGGAGUUAGACUGUAUAAAGCCUCCAUGACUCAAACAAGGGAUCAAAACGAACAUACAGCAUGACAAUAAAGAGACAUGGAACCUGUGCUGUAUAUACUGGUGUGAGGUGUGUGUGUGAGAGCGUGUGUGUGUGCCUGUGUGAGUUGUGUGUGAGCGUGCCUGUGUGAGGUGUGUGUGUGUGUGAGUGUGUGUGUGUGUGUGUGUGUGUGUGUGUGUGUGUG